AUGAAGCCUGCAUGUCACCUGCACGACAGGGUGAACCUGGUGCUGCUGCCCAUCAUUGGCAGCCUGACGGUGGCGGGCCUGCUGGGGUACGUGGACACCACCAUCGUGUCUGCUAUCUUCAGCGUCUACGUCGCGGUUGACCUGCUCUGGGUGGCCGCAAUCCCCGAGGCAGUGCCGUCCCUGCCCAGCAUCAUCCUCGUCCACCAUGUCGUGACGCUGGUGCUCCUCCUCUUCCCCCUGCGUUACCCCCAGUUUGGUCGCUACACAUGUUGGGAUGGGCUGUGCGAGUUGAACACUCUCUUCCUCAUCGCCAGGAGGCAGUGGCGGAGUCUCCGGACCCCCUUCUCCGUCGCAUACUGGAUCACCUUCUUCCCCAUGCGAAUCUUCCUCUACCCAUACAUGCUAGUGCUCUUCUACCGAGAGCUGCAGGCUCCCCAGUUUGCUUGGUGGGAGAUGGCGCUGUGCUGUGGCGCCCAGGUCAUCCUCAUCGCCUUCAACGUGACCCUGCUCUGGCUAUCUCUGGCCAGCUGGCGCAAGCCCAGGCACCCACGUGGCGUCCAGCCGACGACUCGCGUCAGCCGGCCCCCCAAGGACUCCCUGAAGAUCGAAGGCCAAUCUCAGAUGCCCAAGACGAGAACGCGGCGGAUUGCAAACGCCUACAGCACUGCCUCCGCCUCCGCCGCCGUGCGCCUGCGCACGAGCACCAAGGCUUGCCUCCCCUGA